UCAAGCCAUACUGUGUUUUUGCUUUACAGCUACAAGCCUCCCAACACAGAAACUAACCCCACAUUGGAAGAUCCUACACCGGAUUACAUGAACUUGCUCGGCAUGGUCUUCAGUAUGUGUGGCCUGAUGCUCAAGCUUAAAUGGUGCGCAUGGAUUGCUGUGUAUUGUUCGUUCAUCAGUUUUGCCAAUUCACGAAGCUCAGAGGACACCAAACAAAUGAUGAGCAGCUUCAUGCUGUCCAUAUCGGCAGUCGUGAUGUCUUAUUUGCAGAACCCACAGCCCAUGUCGCCACCGUGGUAACAAAUAAUCCAAACCCAGUAAGCCAUCUCAGCAGGGAUGGCAUGAAAACCAGUUGAUCCACCCACAGUCCUGGAACGCAGGGACGUACACUCAUCAGCCCAGCUGGCCAAUCAGAGGCUGACAAAUUGACAGAUGUAGCUCCUGUACGAUCGUUUCAAGUUUUCUCUGUGCUCACCGGUUGUUUUUAUGUAUGUUAUCACACUAUGCUAAAAUAUUCAUAUGCUGUGAAUGAUUUUGAGAAAUAAAUGAGCGAUUUUG